AUGGUUUCAAGAUAGCAAGCAAAUUACGAGAAGCUUUUCCAAUUGGCUGUGCCUCUUUACUGCCCAACUGAAGAUUAGGAUGGUAAUCUCUACACGGUUUCAACCAAUGGAGAUGUUUAUUAAGUAACUGAAGGACAAAUGGAGGUUGCUUUCACUACAGGAGGUCAGCCAACAGGUUUAGUCUUCGAUAUGCAGGGUUCAUCUUUUAUUGCUGAUCAGGCUCAUUAAGCUAUCUUGUCAUAGACUGUUACUGAUAAUCGUAUCGAAAUAACUCCAGUUAUUAAGGACUUCGAUGGUAAUGCCCUAAAGGGUCCCAAUUCUAUGAUCUUAUCAGAAAAGAACAACGCUCUUUUCUUUACAGAUUCAGGUCCAAUGGGUGAAACCUCACUUGAAAACGCUACUGGCUCAGUUUUUGCAAUAGAUUUAGGAGUAUCAAUGCUUAAGCCAGUAAUCUACAAUAAAUUAGCAUAUCCAAGUGGUCUCGCUUUAUCUAAUGAUGAGAACUUGAUCUACGUAUCUGAGACUUAUGCCAAUAGAAUUUUGAGAAUAGUUUGCCAUUCCUCAGGUGUUUAUCAUACUUCAGUAUUCCAUCAAUUCUCAGGGCGCCUGGGUCCAACUGCAUUAGCUAUGCACCCAUCUGGAAGAUUAUACGCAGCACGUUAUGAUUUCAAUGAAUGCUCAAAGAAUGGAGUCAUUUCUAUCCUCAAUGAAAAUGGAGAACUUGAGGGAGAACUAUUAGUGCAAGACUGCCCAGAGAUUACUGGAUUAUACUUCUCUAAAGUGCAAGAUGAUAUUUUAUACGCCACCGAGAGCACAUCGAACUCACUUCUCAAGAUAUAGGUUAAUCAAAACAACUGA